CAUUUUCUUCGAUCCUCCGUCAUUCCCCACUCUCCUAAUACCACAGUCUUCGAAAACCUCCAGGACCUUAGAAACAAUGCGCUCCAUCUCUCCAGCGACACUUUCAUGGCUACGAGCAGCUGUCGCGUCAGACUCGUCCCUCGCAUCACGGCCGGCUUCCCGAGUAGCAGGACUCUGCGUCCUCUCAGGCAACUGCCAUAGCUCGCAAACUUCCACACCACUGCCCUUUUCACGCCGAAGAACCUUCACGACGAAUCUGCACAAUCUAAGAGAAGAGCCUUUGAAAUCGCAUACCCACUACCACCUCUUUCCGCAAUCCCUACCCUCCGGCCCGCCACCACACGGACGCUUCUCAGUCGACCUACCGUCACUACGCAAGGAAUUCCUGCAACUGCAAGCGCGUGCGCAUCCUGAUUUGCACCCAGCGGAGGACAAGAACAAGGCGCAAGCGCUAUCCGCGCGCAUCAAUGAAGCCUACAAGACGCUGCAGUCGCCCCUGCUCCGUGCGCAAUACCUACUCUCGUUGAAAGGAAUUGAUAUCCACGAGGACGAGACAGCAAAGGUCGAGGAUUCGGAGCUGUUGCUGGAGGUUCUGGAUACUCGAGAGCGGAUCGAGGAUGCUGAGGACGAAGCGGAGCUGGUAGAGAUGAAGGAAGAAAACGAUGCUAGGAUCCAGAAUAGCGCAAAGGUGCUAGAGGCCGCGUUUGAGAAAGACGACGUUGAGUUGGCGAAGAGUGAGGCGGUGCGGUUGAGGUAUUGGGUCAAUAUUAAAGAGAGUUUGGAUGGCUGGGAGAAGGGCAAGCCUAUUGUGCUGGCACAUUGAGAUGCUGAGGUUGUCCUAGGAUGUUGAAGGCUGAGAUACCCGUACCUGAUCACGUUCUCACAUCGUGGCCUUUUAUAGUGAAUCCGAUUUAGUUCAGAUACAAGAUUCGAGAUGUCUCUCUAGUUCACGCCUCCAGCGAAUUGAAAGUAGCUUUGACGGUGGAUAUAGGGCUUCGACCCUGAUAUUUUAUCAAGAAAUUACGAAUGAAUGUGUAACAGCUCGAUUC